AUGACUGCACCUUCCCUACUACCGUACAUGAAUCCUUCUCUCUCUGUAAAAUUUUUGAUAGACACAGCAUCACAUCAGUGGAAUGAAGAGGAGUUUUAUGAACUUAUCGACAAAACAGAUCAUCAUCUUAUCAAGAAAAUAUUUCUCCUUCCAUGGCAAACAGAUGAUACUAUGAUAUGGAAUCCAAGAAAGGAUGGUAUUUACAUUGUCAAAUCAGGAUAUUAUUUGGCUAAUAACAUUUCCUUAUCACUUGCCCAUAUAACUCCAAAGCUCCAACAUUUCCUUUGGCGGGUUUCAUUAAAAGCAAUUGGUAUCAAUGCUAAUCUACGCAGACGAAGGAUAAAUGUUGAUCCUCUUUGUUGUCGUUGCUGCAUUACAGAGGAAACAAGUGAACACAUGUUAUUCUCAUGUCAUUAUGUGAUGACAAUAUGGAGAUUAUCUGGUCUUCCAAUGUAUAUCAUUUCUGAUCCGAUACUCUCUUUGGAGGACAAACUUCUAUAUUUACUCCAACACGUACAUAAUACAACACUCCCAGAAGAAAAGCGUUACGAGCCUGUAUGGAUUCUUUGGUGA